CACAUGCGUCCGGCAAGCUCAUCAUAGUGUCCAACAGGCUUCCGUUCGUUCUAAAAAAAAAUGAACAGACGCAAAAAUGGGAAAGAAAAGCCAGGUAUGAUUGGGUUUAAGUACUGUUUAAAAAAAAUAUGACUGAUGUCCAAAAUGCGAAUAGUACCGUGUGUACUGUGUUUUAUCUUGGCUUUUAUUUAGCGACAACAAAAAUGAUAAGAACCUUGUGUGUGUAUAUUCACAGAAUAUACUAUAAUUCUAUACUAAAUACUCUAUGACGUGUGUGUUUGUGUGUGUGUAUGUAUGUUAUCAAUAUUGACAACAUUUAUCAUUUCGUUAGCCCGCCGUGUGCUCGCGUCCCGCACUGGUAACUAUUUUUAAGAUUACUUACGCACUGGACCACAUAUUUUGUUCCAUUGUUUUAAAUUUUUCGUUGUAUUCCAAUAAUUGACUAUGCUUAAGAGAUUUGCAACGAGCUCUCUGUAUGCGAUACGUUUGCCGAUUAACUGGCAACCGACGUCUAACGUUUGUCUUUGUCGAUCGUUGGAAUUCAAGAAAAAUAGAUUGGAGAUUGACAACGAAGGUGCUCUGAAAAAGACUAGACCAAAAACCGUACCACUGCCGAAAAUUACGCUGUUGGGACCGGAGAAGGAUAUAUCUGUAGUCACUAUGGAUGUAGCAUCCAAAAUGUGUGAAAGACGAGGCCUGAAAUUGGUAAAAAUUAUUGAUAUCGAUACUAAAACACAGCGGCCUGUAUAUCAAAUGAUGACACCCAAUCAGUUCCUCAAAGAGGAUCAGAAAAGUCAUCAAAAAAAGGAUGAGAAAAAUCAUAAUCAACUCAAAGGGGAAAAAACAGUACUGAUAAAUUGCCGUAUUGGACAAAGUGAUUUAGAAUCAAAAGUAAAUAACAUCCGUAAAUGGCUAUCUAAAAUGUAUGAAGUACGGGUGACAGUCACUGGUGAUACGGCUAAUGAGGUUGCUGAUGAAGUCAUAAAAAUGACUCAAGAGUGUUCAAGAGUUGUUCAAAGACGAGAAAAAGGAGAUUCUGUGAAGUUUCAGUUAUUACCUCCAAAAAAAUCUUGAUUCACAUUUUAGAUAUGCCUAUUUACAAAUAAUUAUUUUUUUAAGUUUUAGA